UGACAUCCUAUAGAUAUUUAAAAUUAAGCCAAACAUGCAGCCUAAUAUGUUAUCUACUCACAGCAUAUGUGUAACACCCAUUCACGUUGACUGACUCACACACAUGCAUGCACAAUGAGACACUAACAUGCAACCAGAUAAAAGCAUGACAAAGAUACAUGGGAUUGUUAUGAAGAACCAUCGCACUUUUAAUCUGAUGCCACUUCUGGCUCUGGCAAGUUGGCUAGUCAAGAUAAGUGAAUCGAGCUCUCUUCACUCAGAGUUGACUGGGCCAGACAUGGCCUAUCUCAACUCAAGGGUGGUUUUUCGAUGUUUUACUCCAAGCUCUUCUCCACCAGUCACCUAUGAGCUAAUGAGGAACAGCACUUUCCUAAUUGACACACAUGUUGAUCAGGAAGGGGAUCAAGCUGCAGUAUUCCCGCUAAAGGUCACUGCAGUGUCACAUGGGUUAUACCAGUGCAAGGUGACAGCAGGAGGAAGCUCAGGAUUCAGCAACAGCAUUAAACUGAGCAUAGUCACUCCGGCAUCAAACACCAGAGUGACCUCUGAGCCCUUCCCCCCAGUUGCAUAUGAGGGAUCACGCAUCAUCCUGAGCUGCGAUGUUGACAGGGGUUCACACCUUUCCUACACAUGGUUUUUCAACAGGAAAGAAGUAGCAUCUUCUAUGUCAGACUUGCAUUUUUCUGGAAACAAGCUUGUGAUAGAAAGAGUGACUCCAGAGCAUGCUGGAUAUUAUUAUUGCAUUGCUUGGUCCAUGGUGCAGGACAUUAGGAGGUUUUCCACCAGCACAGAAGUCCAACUGAUAAUAAAAGUCUAUGUUUCAAAACCAAAGAUUUCCUUCUCCAUUUUCAAAGAUGGAGAUAAUUACCAUGGCAAUGUUACCUGCUGGUUAUCGAGAGGGAGUCCUCCAGUGGACUUCUCUCUUUCAAUUGAUGACAAAGAGGUUGGAUCUGUCAUUGCUUCCGAGUCACUCACUGUCUGGUUCCAAGUUGCCAUGGUACCCGGACUGGAUAUGGGCGAGGCAAGAUGUCGGGUGAAAACUGAGAUGCAGGAACUGAUGAGUGAGCCCGUAACUUUGGAAGUAGUCCCAGUCGGAGGGGAUUUAAAAGUGGAAGUGGAAUAUCUGUAUACAGCUGAAGCCAAACUAGCUGCUGCCAGGCUGAGCUGUCUGAUCACCAGAGGAACUUUUCCUCACAUCUCCUGGUUUUUUAGCAACUCUGCUCUUCCUUCUGGAUCUCAUUUGGAUUCUCACAUUCAGCCCAUCAUACCUCAGUUUGGCCUCACCGACCACAGACAAACCCUCAUCCUCCCCAAGCUCAGCCAAGAGGAUUCUGGGUAUUACCGCUGCAGGGCCAGAGACAGCUAUGAUCACUCUGGGCCAUGGGUGGAGAGUGCAGAUGUGCUGGUCCAGAUCACAGACAGGAUCCUUAACUCCUUGCCUCCAGUAACAUCCUCCACUGAAACAUCACCAAAGCUUCAUGUGACCCCCAUAGAAGUUAUCACCGUAAUAUUUUGCUGCUUCUUUCUUGUGAUGUUGGCGGUCAGCUCAGUCUGUGUAAUCAAGAUGUUUGACCGCGAGCAAGCUCUUGUCAACACUUCUCCAGCCAAUUCUCCUGCACCCCAUCUCUUUGUACCAGAGUCUCAAUCAGCACACAUGGUUGAUGAAACUUCACCUGCAGAUUGUGAUGUUCAGAAUCAGGUAUACAAACCAACUGUACACAGAGAUUUGUACCCAUUGUAGUGAGUUUAAAUAAGUAAGUAAAACCUGCUAUUAAGUUCUGCUGUAAUGUUUCUGAUUUAUUUGAUUAAUCAUAAGAAAGAAAGAAGUUCUACUUUAGCAGCAAUGGAAAAAUUGAAUAACUGGUUGGCAGGUUAAUGGUUCUGACAAGGCAAGGCAAAGCAAGUUUCUUAAAGAUAGAAAAAGGCUAAAAUAAAAUAAGAUAAAAUGCAGAAAAUAUAAGUUACAAUACAGAAAUAGAUAGAUAGAUAGAAUACAGAUAUUCUAUCACGCUUCUUCAUCAAACAGAACAGCAGGUUUUAGUUGUCAAAUAUUUAAAUGAGACAAUUUCCCAUCACUGCAAUCUAAUCUUUACAAGUUGAACCUAAUUUCAGCAAUUCGCCUGCUAAUUGCUGGGAUAGGCUCCAGACCCCCAUGACCCUGAAUUAUUAGGUUUUUCUAAAUAAUCUGAAAAAGUAAACAGUAGUUUUUCCAUAUGACUGUAUUUUCUUCUAAAUAGAACUUGAACCCUUUUAGCUCUGUGCCUUUUCUUUAGGCCUCUGCUCACAAAUUAUGCCAUUAAGCAUAAAAUGAUCAACUAAGUUGUCUUAAGUGUGAAUUAAAUUAAUUUGGGUCUUUUUAAGAUGAUAAAUGAAUCUGAUAUGGUCAAAAACAACAUCAUGACCUUGCUUCUCUCUUUCAGACCAUAGAGAUCACAGUAUGAUACAAGGAGAUCCGGCACCUUUUAAUUAUCUAAUUUAAUAAUAAAUAAUUUGUUGUUUUUCUUAAGUUGCCAGAUAUGUCAUAAAUCAUUCUUCUAUUCCAUCACAAAGAGUGAGCAAUUAUUUAGAACAACUACUGUAUAUGUUCUUGUUUUUUUCUCAAAUAAAAAUUUUUAAACAAUA